AUGGCGUCCACAGCUCUAGCCGUUCUCACGUUUGCAGUACUCAUCCGCACGUUCCCGCCGAUAACUUGCGCAAUCGCCAAUCAUGGUUUCCGCGGCACCCUCACUCGCCUGCACAAACACUCCAGCAACUACUCCGCCGCGGUGCACCGCGACACGCGCCGCCUCGCUUUCCUCACGCCCGCUCCAACGACGAGCCCCGCCAUUGCGGCCCUCCAGGCGAUGGCCGAGAACGGCGUCGGAGCGUACCACGUGAGCCUCUCCAUCGGCACGCCGCCGCUCACCUUCCCGGCGAUCCUCGACACCGGCAGCGACCUGCUCGGCGUCGGCCGGUUCUCCUACUGCCUCCGCUCCGACGCAGGCGCCAGCCCGAUACUGUUCGGGUCCCUUGCAAACGUGACGAAAGGCGACGGCGCGCAGUCCACGCCGCUCGUCCGGAACCCCAAGGUGCCGGUGUCUCGCGCCCCGUACUACUACGUCAACCUCACCGGCGUCAGGGUCGGCGCGGCGGACCUCCCGGUCACGCCCGCGACGUUCGGGUUCACGAGCACCGGCGCGGGCGGGGUGAUCGUCGACUCCGGCACGACGUUCUCGUACCUUGCCAAAGCAGGCUACGCGAUGCUGGAGCGGGCGUUCCUGUCGCAGACGGCCGGCCUGCUGACGAGAGUGAGCGGCGCGCCGUUCGACUUCGACCUGUGCUUCGAGGCUGCUUCCGACGUCGACGCCGUGCUCGUGCCUGGUCUGGUGCUGAGCUUUGCCGGCGGCGCCGAGUACUCCGUGCCGCGGCGGAGCUACUUCGACGCCGUGGACGAGGAAGGCCGCGUGGCGUGCUUGUUGGUGCUCCCGACGGGGGGCGUCUCCGUCAUAGGCAACGUGAUGCAGAUGGAUCUGCACCUGCUCUAUGAUCUCGACGGCGGAACCAUGUCCUUCGCGCCGGCCGAUUGUGCUACUGUCUGA